AUGACUUCAUACACAUCAAGAUUAGGAAUCAAACCAAACCCCCGUCUAGGUAGACUGUCGCUAAGGAACCUAUUGGCUUAUUCCCCCAACUUAAUGUUGUGGGGUGGUGCCUCAGCAUUUGGUCUUUUCGUUUUCGUAGAGGGAUGGCCUACUUUCCAAGAUGCUAUAUUUAAGAAAAUUCCAAUAGUUGGUUCCCAUUGGAACGACAAUACACCACCUGAAGAUAAGCCAGUAUAA